UCACCGACUCAUCAGCAAAGAAAAACAAAAAAAGAAACACUCGAAGAAGAAGGAAAUGGGAGUAGUAGUGAUCGAUGGAUCAACAGUACGGUCAUUUGUGGAUGACGAAGAGCAGUUCAAGAAGAGUGUCAACGAGCGGUUCUCAGCUCUGGAUCUGAACAAAGACGGCGUUUUAUCGCGAUCGGAGCUACGAAAGGCCUUCGAAUCCAUGAGGCUGCUUGAAUCUCACUUCGGCGUUGAUGUGGUGACUCCUCCUGACGAGCUUACGAAGCUCUACGAUUCGAUCUUCGAGAAGUUUGAUACGGAUCACAGCGGUUCAGUGGAUCUUGAGGAGUUUGGAUCGGAGAUGAAGAAGAUCGUGCUCGCCAUUGCUGAUGGGCUAGGGACUUGUCCGAUUACCAUGGUCUUGGAUGAUGAUGAGGAUAACUUUCUCAAGAAAGCUGCGGAUUUGGAAGCUUCCAAGCUUGAGAAGGCUUCUUCGUGAUGGUUAUGAAGUUUAAUGAUCUUUUCAAUUAGUACUGUUCUUCGUCUUUGUGGUUGUUCUUGUUUUGAUGUAAGCGAGAGUAUGAAUAAUAAUAAUAAAGGGGACAUGAAUUUGUGGAUUUUGAA